AUGGGCACCGGAAGGAGUGAUUUCAGCCGACAGUUGGAAGGAGAGGACGCUUUCGAUUUGAAACGGUAUACGUUUGUGGCCGUAGAGCUGCCCGGUUGGGGACGAUCCCGACCGCCCGCCCGGCCCUAUGGUCUCGAUGUCUAUCACAACGACGCCGAGUGUUGUUUCAAAGUUAUGGACGACUUAGGCUUCAAGACUUAUUCAGUGAUUGGUUGGUCAGACGGUGCAAAAGUAGCGCUUCUCAUGGCUUAUAUGAACCCGAAUCGGAUCACGUGUUCGGUGGCCAUCGGUAUCUUCGUGUGGGCGACCAAACAGACGAUCGCACCCAUGAUGUUGACCAGAGACACAAAACGGUGGCCAAAGGAACAGUUUGACACCUAUUGCCAAGUCUAUGGCGAUGAAGAGACUCUUCAGCGCCUUUGGGACCAACACAUCAACUUCUGUAGGGCUGCGAUGGAGAACUGCGGCGACGGACAGUAUUUGGUGACACCGGAACAGCUCAGACAGAUCCGAAAUCCAGUACUUCUAGUGCACGGAGAUAUGGACCCGUUGAUUAGUAUAGAGCACCCGAUGUACUGUAAAAACAAUAUACCGGACGCUGUGUUACACCGAUUCCCCGGCGGUUCCCAUAACUGUCAUCAGGUGUUCGCCAAAGAGUUUAAGAAACUCAUUGAAAACUUUUUUGCUGAUUGCGAGUCCGGAGGCUAUUAAUUGACAUCAUUUUCUCAUUUAAAUCUCUUUUUAUUUAAAUUAUACAUUAAUUAUACAGUUAUUAUAAAUUGAAAAUUAAAGUUUGUUUUUGAUCAACAC